UAUAUUUUGACAUUAAAGGUUUGUUUGUGUAUUAAACUGUUCCUGGGAGACAUUGUAAAAACAGUGUAAAAGAUGGAUGUGGUGCACUAUCUUCCCGGUGAUCCCGUACUGAUCGAUCAGAUAGUUUGUGAGUUAAAAUCACAAGGUAUAUUUGAUAGUUUCCGGAAGGAAUGUAUCUCGGAUGUGGAUACAAAGCCUGCAUAUCAGAACCUCAGGCAGAGAGUGGAAGGUAGUGUUUCAGGUUUCUUGAGGAAGCAGAGAUGGAGUCCAGAGAUGAACAAGAAUCAUGUGCGGGAGAUGCUCAGGAAAAACAUUUACGAAUCAGGAUUUCUUGAGAUUGGAGUUGAACGGAUUGUGGAUCAAGUUGUGAAUCCGAAGAUGAAUACAGUGUUCUUACCAAAAGUAACAGAGGUUGUCUAUAAGUUUCUUGGUAUUGAGAAGCCUAACAAAUCUGAAAAAGGAGAUGGAGAGGAUAAUUUGUUGCCAAAUGAUUUGGAGGCAGUAUCUCCUAUGUCAGAUAGACAUAAAGAUGAGAAGAUGGAUAUUUCUGAGAGUAUGGAUGAAAGUAAAAUUGAUGAGGAUGAGUCUCCUCCAUUUGAACCAAUUGAGGAACCUGAAAAUUCAAUAGAUUCACAUAUGUCAGGGUUUUCUGGUCUGGUGAGUCAUGACUCGAAUCAGAGUGAUGGGGCUAAACCAUUGCAAAUAGACAUGGAUUCUCAGAUGUCCAAACAAAGUUCUGAUGGAGGGCAGUCCUCUGCAGUUGAGGAUCAGAAGAUUGAAAACAGUGAAGAUUCGAAGAGUUGUGAGAGCAGUGACAAGAGUAUAGGUUCGAAAGGUGAUAAGGUAGUGAAGGUGGAGGAUAAAAAGGAUGGUAAAGAAAAGGAAAGAAGUCGAAGGUCGAGUGAGAAGAAGAGCGAUAAACAUACUAGUAGAGGUGAGAGAAGGGAUUCCGAGAGGAGCAGAGAAAAAGAGAGGAAAGAUAGUAAGAGUGAUAAAGAUAGGAGGCAUAGUUCAAGCAGUAAGCAUUCGUCGUCCAAGAGUAAAUCUUCGAGUAGCAAGGAUUCUUCGCGUCAUCGGGACGAGAAAAGCAAGUCGUCAUCGUCAUCAUCGAAGCACGAUAGUCACAGGAAGAGUUCCUCGAGUACUUCGCAUAGUCGAGAUAAAGAUAAAGACAAGAAGGACAAUAAGAAACGGAGCAGUCGGGACGAUCAUUAUUCCUCGAAACAUAAGACAGAGAGACGGUCCACCGAUCGUGAUUCCAAUGAUGGAUCAGGUUUGAAGAGCUGUAGCUCCAGCUCGAACUGCGAGUCGAACUCGUCGACGCAAACAUCUACAAUCCAAAACAACAGCAAACCACAGGAUUCCAACUCGAAUUCAAACGAUUCGGGCAACUCCGAUGGCCACGAGGUCAGGCAGAGCGGUAUCAAACUUCUCAAACCAAAGAUCGCAUCGAAUAUUCAGGAGGCGAAGCGUUUGGCAAAGAUACGAAAAGAAAUCGAUCAUCUCGAAAAGCUGAAAAAUGAAGAGCUGGAGAAGUUGAAGAUCCAAGAGCUUGAGAAGGCGAAGGAAGAAGAGCGGAUCGUGGAGAAACCGAGUUUCUCUGCGAGUCUGUUGAGCUGGGAGGCUAUGGAAGCUCAGCUCAGCCAGACGUUGAACUAUGAUAGUUAUGGUGAUCCGGAUAAGUCGAAUGACGAUGAUGAUGUUGUGACUGCUGUAAGCGUAGAUGAGGUGAAGUACUUUAACGACACAACUGUGGAGGAUGAGGCUAACUAUAAAAUCGGACAGGAGACGAUUAGCAAGUUGAGCAUCGAUAUAAGUACGCUGAAGAAGAAAAUGGAAGAGAAUCUGAACGAAUGCACUGCAACUGAUAAUUGCAGGGAGAACAAGGAGAAUAAGAGGACUGGUAUCAAACGGAAGAUGAACGAUAACAAAGCAUACGAGAAGGCUAAAAAUAAUAAUAACUUUAUCAAUGGCUCAGAUUGCUAUGUUUUAGUUAGCAAUCAUCACGUAGACGAGAGAUUCUCUCUGCCGCUGAGCCCGGCGGACAGCGAUCAGGUGGAUGACGAAGAGAAACCUAAGAGGAACAUCGUGAAAAGGCAGAGGUACGAGAGCGAAGAUCUGUACAAGCCCAGACCCACCAUCACUCCGACCAGCCGCAGGAGAACGGCCACCAAAAUGGAAUAAAUAAUAAAUAAAUAUAUUAACAAACCCAUGUAAAAUUCUUCCGAAUAAAUUUUCAUUAAUUUA